AAAUCCGUCUUUGUUCGCUCGAAAACGUUGAUCGAUUCAAACAUACAUUUCAAAAUCUUCUUUUCUCGACACAAAAUGACGAAAGGCCACGAAAUAAAAUUUUAUAAAAAAGAAAUAAAUAUAAGGCAAGUGAUUGAAGACCAGGCCCUGCAAGACAACGAUGAUGCGUUGUAUGUCUGUGACAUAAAUGAUUUUCGCAGGAAAUAUGAAAUAUGGGAUCAACUAAUGCCUGGAAUUAAACCUCAUUAUGCUGUCAAAUGUAAUGAUGAUAUCAUGGUUAUUAAAACCCUGGCUAAAUUGGGCGCCAAUUUUGAUUGCGCUUCGAUGGGUGAAAUAAAACUGGUACUGGAUGCAAAUGUUGAACCCGAACGCAUCAUAUUUGCCAUGCCUUGUAAACCUUUGACGCAUUUAGCCUACGCAAAGGAUAAUGGAGUUAUAACCAGUACAGUUGAUUCUGAAUUUGAAAUUUUAAAGAUGCAUCGUCAUUUUCCCGAAUCAAAGCUGGUAAUACGAAUACGUUGUGACGCUACCGAUGUGAAAUUGUCGUUUGGUGAAAAAUUCGGCUGCAAUGCUAAAACCGAGGCUCCUGCCAUAAUGUUAUUGGCCAAGGAAUUGAAAUUGAAUGUAAUUGGUAUUAGCUUCCAUGUGGGUACCGGUUGCAAUGAGCUGCCAGCCUACGAUCGAGCCAUAACUGAAGCAAAACAACUUUUCGAUUUUGGAACGAAACAUGGCUUCAACAUGACUCUCUUGGAUAUUGGUGGUGGAUUUCCGGGCAGUGAUUAUAACAAGUUCAAAGAGAUGUCUGAGAUCAUUAAAUGCUCCAUUAAGCGUAACUUUCCUGAGAAAAACAUAAACGUAAUUGCUGAGCCCGGCAGGUAUUUUGUCGAAUCCGCUUAUAUGUUGAUUUGUAAAAUCCAUUCCAAGCGUGAGACAAAAUUGCCAGAUGGAAGUGUAACGAAACAUUACUACAUAAACGAUGGAGUUUUUGUGUCAUUUGCAAAUGUUGUCGUGGAACAUUAUGAUGUACUGGUGCGACAUUUGUUGGAUGAUUUAUUGCCCAAAUUCAAAACGACAAUAUGGGGUCCCACCUGUGAUGCCUACGAUAAGGUCGGUGAAAACCUGGAGCUUCCUAACAUGGAGUGUGGAGAUUUCUUGAUUUUUCCUAAUAUGGGUGCCUACAGCAUACCACUAGCUACACGUUUUAAUGGCUGGGGUCUAUCUAAUAUCUUAUACUUAGAUAAAGCUACAACUGAUGGUGGCAGGGAAAAUAAAAUAAGAUGAAUA